AUUUAUUAUUAGUACGAAGUUGGAACCAGCAUUUUUCAUUAAAAUCUUGUUUAAUUAAUUAAUCCAUCAAAAUGUCGAUGUUUCCAGGAUCAAUAGCUUUUGAUGAAUAUGGCAGACCAUUCAUUAUUCUUCGAGAUCAGGACAGACAGCAAAGAUUGACAGGAACAGAGGCAAUCAAAAGUCAUAUAAUGGCUGCACGUCAAGUUGCACACACUGUUAAGACAUCAUUGGGCCCAAAAGGCUUGGAUAAAAUGAUGGUAAGUCAAGAUGGUGAAGUUACUGUGACUAAUGAUGGAGCUACAAUUUUAAAAUUGAUGGAUGUUGAUCAUGAAAUUGCAAAAUUAAUGGUACAAUUAAGUCAAUCGCAAGAUGAUGAGAUUGGUGAUGGAACAACAGGCGUUGUAGUUUUAGCUGGAGCUUUAUUGGAACAAGCUGAGUCAUUGAUUGAUCGUGGAAUUCAUCCAAUUCGUAUUGCUGAUGGUUUUGAACUUGCUGCUCAAUGUGCUGUCAAAAAUCUCGAAUCAAUUGCUGAACCAUUUCCCAUCUCAAGUGAUGAUAAGGAACCUCUUAUUAAAGUCGCAAUGACAACAUUAGGAAGUAAAAUUAUUAAUAAAUGUCAUCGCCAAAUGGCUGAGAUUGCUGUCGAUGCAAUUCUUACUGUUGCUGAUCUCGAGAAGAAGGAUGUUAACUUUGAGUUGAUUAAGGUUGAAGGAAAAGUUGGUGGACGUAUGGAAGAUUCGUGUUUAGUUAAAGGUGUGAUUAUUGACAAGACAAUGUCACAUCCUCAAAUGCCCAAGACACUCAAAAAUGCUAAACUUGCUAUCCUCACAUGCCCAUUCGAACCACCAAAGCCAAAGACAAAGCAUAAGUUGGAUGUUACAUCAGCUGAAGACUAUAAAGCACUUCGUGAAUAUGAACAAGAGAAAUUCAUUGAAAUGGUUAAGCAAAUUAAGGAUGCAGGUGCAACUUUAGCCAUUUGUCAAUGGGGCUUUGAUGACGAAGCUAAUCAUUUGUUGCUUCAACAAGGACUUCCAGCAGUUCGUUGGGUCGGCGGUCCUGAAAUUGAAUUAAUUGCUAUUGCAACUGGUGGACGAAUUAUUCCAAGAUUUGAAGAGAUUUCUGCUGAGAAAUUAGGACAUGCUGGUGUUGUACGUGAACUUACAUUCGGUACGACAAAGGAUAAAAUGUUGGUCAUUGAAGAAUGCAAGAACUCGAAAGCUGUAACAAUUCUUGUUCGUGGUGGCAAUCAAAUGGUUAUUGCUGAAGCUAAGCGAUCAAUUCAUGAUGCAUUGUGCAUUAUUCGUUCACUUGUUAAGGAUUCUCGUGUUGUUUAUGGUGGUGGUGCUGCUGAGAUUAGCUGUGCAUUGGCUGUCGCUAAGGAAGCUGAUAAAUUGUCAACAUUGGAACAAUAUGCUUUCCGUUCAUUCAGUAUUGCAUUGGAAGCAAUUCCAUUGGCAUUAGCUGACAAUAGUGGAUUAGCACCGAUGGAAACUUUGGCAGAACUUAAAUCACGUCAAGUUCAAGAAAAUUCAGCUGUUCUUGGUGUCGAUUGUAUGUUGUCAGGUCACUCAAAUAUGAAGACACAUCAUGUCAUUGAAGCACUUCACUCAAAGACACAACAAAUCAUCCUUGCUACUCAACUCGUCAAGAUGAUUCUCAAAAUUGAUGAUGUUCGAUCACAAGCUAGCGAAUAAAUUCGAGUUUGAACAUUUAAUUGUAUUAACUUUUUCUUUUAAUUAUUGCACUGCGAUUCAUUAAAUUACGGCUUUUUAUUGAUGAAGAGAAUUCACCACAGCAAAAUACAGAACUUUUUUUGUGAGAAUCAGCUUGUAUCCUUCCUUCUUAAUAUCAUUAUACAUCCAUAAUUAAUUAUUUUAACACAUUUAUUGCUUCAACGCGCAUAAUUUAAUGGAAACUUUAAAAUGUCUUUCAAUAAUAAAAAAAAUUAUUAACAAAAUUUAAAAUUGAACAUCUGUUUUUCAUGAUUUCUAGACUUAGUAUGAUGAACAAAGAAUAAAGAAUAAACUCAACACAUUUUUUUAAAUUAAUUAAUAUAAAAACUUAAUAAAAACAGAUUAUUGAGAAC